AUGGACGUAAUAGGAGCCGGCUACUCGAGAACUGGCACGUUAUCCGUGGUAAUUGCUCUCGAGAAGCUCCUAGGCAAACCACAGGCGGGAGACCAAGAAUUGGCUUUUAAACUUCUGCGCGAGGUCACAAAUGGAUAUUCAGGCUGUACUGAUAUGCCACAUGUCAUGAUGAUUCCAGAGUUGGUUGAACUUUACCCGGACGCAAAAGUGGUCUUGGUCACUCGAAACCCCGGACGCUGGUCUGUCACUGACCUCAUCUUCUCGGCCUUACCUAAUGUGAUGCCAGAAUUGUUGGAGGUAUACAAUUGCGAGGUGAUCAAGUUGGUCCCCAAGGAGAGAUUGGUGGUCAUAGAUAUCAAGGACGGCUGGGAUCCUCUGUGCAAAUUCUUGGGGAAGACAGUGCCGAACGAGCCGUUCCCUCGCGUUAACGAAGCCGAAGCCAUUGCAAAGACGGGCCGUGGGCUUAUAGUCAAGUUUGUGCUCAUCUGGCUCAAUAUCAUUGCCGUACCAGGUAUUUUGCUCUCAUCAGCCCCGAACGUCUGGUCGGUCAAACCUUGUUUCUAGGUAUUGUGGCUUAAUUAAGGGGAAGCCGGAGACCAUUGCUUCUUGAGAUCGACAGUCUUUGAGCGGGCGAUUUCGCUACUAUCACAGACGACAUAACCCAAAAAUCUGAUCGGACAGGUGGUAGAGUUAUGGGAUGAAGACGCGUUAGACUAGCACGCUACGAAAACCUCCGACAUGGUUGGUAAGUGGACCUAUUACCUAUAAA